AUGUCCGUGGAACUCUCACCGGUGGAUCGGCUCAAACAAUCGGCGGCCAUCCGAAAUCCGCUCGUCCGAAAUUUACUCUCCGAAUUCUUCGGAACUUUCAUGUUAUUGUUCAUCGGUCUGACCAUCGUCAUGCAAUUCAUCUUGACGCACGAGAAGCUCAACACGUGGAUCAACAUCAAUAUGGGAUGGGGUUUUGCUAUCACUUUUUGUGUCAUGAUGACGAGUCAGACGUCGGGUGGUCACCUCAACCCGGCGGUUUCCUUUCUGAUGGUCACUCUGGGAAAAUUGUCCGUUCCACACUUUUUCCUCUACUCAAUCGUGCAAACAGCUGGCGCUUUCAUUGGAGCUUUCCUUUCGUAUUUAGUCUACUAUGAUCAAUUCCAAAAGUUCUCGGGUGAUCGCCGGGUUUUGGUUGGUGCGCUAGGGUCGGCCGGAUGUUUCUGCUCGUUCCCUGGGACUCACGUCAGCAAUUUGACCGCCUUCUUUGAUCAGGUAGCCGGCACUGGACUCCUCUGCCUCUUCCUCUGUGUGAUCGUCGACAAAAGGAACAAGAUUCCCGACAUGCUGCACCCGAUCUGCUUUGGAUUGCUGUUGAUCAUGAUCGGCUGCUCGAUGGGCAUGAACUUGGGCUAUCCGAUCAACCCGGCAAGGGAUCUCGGCCCUCGACUCUUCGCCUAUUUCAUUUACGGAAAAGAAGUGUUCACUUACCACAACAACUACUUCUGGAUCCCGGUGGUGGCGCCGUUUUUCGGGGCGGUUCUCGGCGGAUGGUCGUAUCAUCUCUUCGUCGGCAUCCACAUUGAAGAUCCGGACAUUGAUGAGGAGAGACCCGUGCAACGGAUGAUUGAAGACGGCGAGAAAAGUGACCGCGCAGAGCACAAGAGACUCAUCAAAGGGGACAAUCAC